AUGAUUGGGUAAUAUAAUGAAGCAAUCAUUUGGGCAGAUAAAGCUUUAUAAGUUAAUCCAAAGCAUUGUAAUUCAUUACAUACAAAAGGUAUGAGUAUCUUUUAACUUAUUAGCGGAAAGUUUAAGAAUGCUUGGGUAAUAUAAUGAAGCAAUUUUUUGGGCAGAUAAAGCUUUCUAAUUUGAUCCAAAAAAUUGUGAUUCAUUAUCUACUAAAAGUAUUAAUGUUUCUUUAUUUCAAGGUGUUUCAUUAAGAGAAUUAAAGAAAUAUAAUGAAGCUAUGAAAGUGAUUGAUUAAUCUUUAUUAAUCGACCCAAAUCAUUUCCAUUCCUUAUUAUCAAAAGGUUAAAUAUUAUUGAUUAUAGGAAAUUGCGUAAAACAAAAGUAAAAGAUAGAUGAUUUAAUACAAUUAUAUGGAUUAUAGAUAGAAAAGGUAAUAUAUAUGUUAAAUAUCCAGCUGAAUGUUUAAAAGCACUUAUUUCUUUAAAUAUUAACUGAAUGUUUAAAAAAAAAGCCUUUAAUAAAAAUGAGAUUGAAUUAUAAAUACAGAUAUAAAUACACAAUCAUUAUUUUAAUUUUCUUUAGUUGA